GUCUAGUAUCAAUCGAACUUGUCCUUGAGCAUGUGGGAGCUUUGCAUUGCUAUCUCCACGCUGUAUUUAUAGAGCCUCGAGUCAAGGAGCUGCAAGAAGAGGACAGCCACUUCAACCCGCAAGCAUCCAAACUUCUCUCGUCCGGCCUCCUCCUCCUCCGACGACGACGACGAGGAGCUAUAAGCUACUACAAAGUUGGAGUCUUGGAGAGGAAUCCAAGAGAGAGAUAGGUCCACGUUGAUGGCUUCUUCAGGGUGCAGAUGCGGCAACCGUUUCGGGCAAGUCGGUGUCGUCGCGUUGCUGCUGGUGGUGGUGGUGGGUUCGUCCUGCCUCGUCGGCGUGGCGUCCGCGAAGCACAAGGGUGGUAACAGCACGAGGACGACGACGACGCUGCCGUUCCAUGGCAAGGAGGAGCUGCGCAGGUACAGGAAGAUCAUGGCGCAGGUCGCCAGGUUGAAGAAGGCUUCUGUCAAGACGAUCCAGAGCCCCGACGGCGAUGUCAUCGACUGCGUGCCGCCGCACCUGCAGCCGGCGUUCGACCACCCGAAGCUGCGAGGGCAGAAGCCCGAGGCCGAGCCGGAGGAGAGGCCCAAGGUCAGCGGCGCCGCGGCGGAGCAGCAGCAGGAGGAGGAGGCCGUGUUCCCGCAGGCGUGGACGGACGGCGGCGAGUCGUGCCCGGAGGGGACGGUCCCGGUGCGGCGGACGAGGAAGCGCGACGUGCUGAGGUCCAGCUCCGCCGUGCGGUUCGGGAUGAAGCAGCCCCGCGCCGCCGGCGUCGUCCGCCGCGACUCCACCAGCGACGGCCACGAGCACGCGGUGGGGUACGUGACGGGGGACCAGUUCUACGGGGCGAAGGCGAGCCUGAACGUGUGGUCGGCGAGGGUGGCGUCGCCGGCGGAGUUCAGCCUCUCCCAGAUCUGGGUCAUCUCCGGCUCCUUCGGCAACGACCUCAACACCAUCGAAGCCGGAUGGCAGGUGAGCCCUGAACUGUAUGGAGAUAACAGCCCAAGGUUCUUCACAUACUGGACAACUGACGCAUACCAGGCGACCGGCUGCUACAAUCUGCACUGUUCCGGCUUCGUGCAGACCAACAACCGGAUCGCCAUUGGCGCCGCCAUCUCCCCGACCUCCGUCUACAAUGGCCGCCAGUUCGACAUCAGCCUCCUCAUCUGGAAGGACCCAGGGCGGGGGCACUGGUGGCUGCAGCUGGGGUCGGGCCCACUGGUGGGGUACUGGCCGUCGUCCCUCUUCAGCCACCUGGGCGGGCACGCCAACAUGGUGCAGUUCGGCGGCGAGGUGGUGAACUCGCGGCCGUCCGGGUCGCACACGCCCACCCAGAUGGGCAGCGGCCACUUCCCCCGCGAGGGCUUCAACCGCGCCGCCUACUUCCGCAACCUCCAGCUCGUCGACUGGGACAACAACCUCCUCCCCGCCGCCGCCCUCCGCCUCGUCGCCGACCAUCCCUCCUGCUACGACAUCCAGGGCGGCUCCAACCGCGCCUGGGGCAACUACUUCUACUACGGCGGCCCCGGCCGCAACGUCCGCUGCCCCUAGCUUGCCGCCCGCCGGAGACGAAGACGACGACGACGAUCUCGCCGGUAUUAAUUAACACCACUCUUACUGAUCAUUAGUAUCAAUUACACUAGUAAUUAUUUGCUGCUACUAAUUAGUAGUAGUAAAGUAGUAAUUAGCUAGCUAUAGUAGUGGUGGUUACUGAUGAUGAGUGUGUCAAGCUAGCCGGACAGGUGAGAGGUUUGAUAUGGCGCCAAAAAAGUUUUUGAGUUGAUACGAGGGUUCUUUUUUUUUUGGGUCUUUUCAGGGGGGGUUUGUUUAAUUUUCUUGAGUUUAUGUAUACAUGAAGAAAAUUAAUUGAUAGAGUGUUAUUAUGAUCACCAUAUGUAUAUAUAGUGCGUGACAUCCUGAGUGUUUUCGCCAUGUUUGAAUUAUGAA